AUGAAGUUUGCAAUUGCACUCACAGCUUCCCUGGCACUUCUUGUGAGUGCCGUAAAUGCCGUUGGAAACGUCUCUCAAACAGGAAGAAACUCCACCAAGGGUGCCUUUGAGCUUGGUCUCAUUCAUGAAAGCAUGCUGUACAAUGUGAAGGUGUGGGUUGGUUCCGAGAAGGACUUGGUCAAUGUCUUGUUGGACGGUAAACAAUCCUACAUCCAAGUGUCCUCACUGAACAUCACUGAUUCUGGGGUUCGUAAUUCUUGUAGUCAUUGCACCACCGAAGAACAAGAUGUCUUUGACGAAACCAAGUCUUCCACGUUCCAUACGUUUGCCAAUGACUCCAAGAGAUCGGUUCCAGAAGGAUCCCUUGGAUUCUGGGGCCAUGACUCCAUAGAGGUUCAUGGACUCACAAUGAAUGAAUUCCCCUUCUUGGUGACAAAAAGUGUGUCAGUGACAAACGAUCGGGUUCUUGGAAUUGGACACCCAGCCAAAGGUGAACUGGAGGACGAAAGCUUUGUCUUCCAGUUGAAGAAUCAUGGGAUCAUCAAAAAGGCUGCCUACUCGCUAUUCUUGAACUCCUCUGAGUCUUCCUCUGGUAGCGUCUUAUUAGGUGGUGUUGACCACGCCAAGUACAAGGGUCCUCUUGUCACAUUUCCCAAUUUGAGUGAUGAUUUCCCGUCAGUUCUUGUCCAAGAUUUAUACACCACGGAUGGAGGUGGAAGAAAGACUAAUUUCACCAAUGGGAACACAUACCCAGCAAUGAUUGACGUUGGGUUGUACAUGACAUUGUUCCCAGCCGACGUGUUGGACAACAUCUGUGCUGAGCUUGAUUGUAAUUACCACACAGAUCUGCAUGUUCUCCAGGUUCCCUGUACCAACCUGGAAAUAUCCUUCAACUUCAAUAUUGGUGGUGUUAUUAUCAAUGUCCCUUACAAUGAGUUUGUGUGGGGGUCCGACGACCAAUGUUACAUAUCAAACGGAAUCUGGCAGAACUCAGAGAUGAAAGAGUUUGUCUUGGGGCAGGACUUCUUAAGAAGGGUAUAUGCGGUGAUUGACUUGGAGGACAAUACCGUAUCUCUUGCACCCAUCCGGUACACCAAUGAGCAAGACAUUGAAGUCAUCUCCAAGGCUAUCCCUAGUGCCACAAAUGCAACAAACUACACGACGCCUUCCUUCAACUCGUCCGUUCUUCACACUCCCUUGCCAGUCGAUUACAACAACCAUAACACUACUCUGAAAGGUGAGGCUGUGGUGCAUGGUUCCAAUGCGAUGUCUAUGAUAGCGUUCAUCUUUGCCUCCUUGUUCAUUUUUUAG